GUCCGCAAACCUACCACCGCCGCCCGUCUGCCCUCCCAUCGCUGGCCCAAAGCCUAGUUUUCUAGUUGCGGCCGCACCUGCCGUCGUCGAUCUGCGGCGGCGCCGCCGUCAAUCGCCAGGCGUUCUUGUUGCCUUCGUCGAGGAGUUCAGCACAAUGGAAGCAUGUGAUGCAGAACUAAUUAACAUGGAAACAACAACACCUAUUAGAAGGCACAGGAAAAAGAAAUCAAUGGUAUGGGAACACUUUACUGUUGAAACUGUAUCUGAAGGAUGUACACGGGCAUGCUGCAAACUCUGCAAACAAACUUUUGCGUACAGCAAUGGCUCAAAGGUAGCUGGUACUAGUCAUCUCAAAAGGCACAUUUCUAUGGGUUCCUGCCCGAAAAUUAAAAGUCUUGAGAGGCAACAGCAUGCUAUUACUUCAGGUACAAAAAUUGAUGUAGACACAACUGACCCGCCCAAAAAACGUUAUAGAACAUCUUCCUUUGGGUAUGGUUUUGACCAGGAACAGAGCUGCACAUUUCUUGCAAAGAUGAUAAUUCUGAAUGGAUACCCUCUCGACAUGGUUGAACAGCCUGCAUUUGUUUCGUUCAUUCAGAGUAUCCAGCCACGGUUUAGGAUGGUCAAUGCCAAUGCCUUGGAAGGUGAAAUUCUAUCUGUAUAUCACAAGGAGAGAUUGCAUCUCAUGCAGAUCUGUGGAAAUAUGCCUGGAAGAGUCAGCCUCUCUGUUGGUCUGUGGACCACUAGUCAAACUCUUGGGUAUAUUUGCCUUACUGGACACUACAUCGAUAGCGAUUGGAAGCUGCAAAGAAAGAUGCUUAACUUCAUGAUGGUAGUUUCUCCUCAUUCUGAAAUUGCUCUUAGUGAAGUCAUUAGUGUUAGCCUCUCGGAGUGGAAUAUGAAAACUAAGUUAUUUGCUAUUACUGUUGAUAACAGUUCUUUAUCGCAUGAUAUCUACAGUGCUAAUCUUAAAGAUCAUCUUUCAAAGAAGCACACAGUGGUACUGAGAGGUCAGUUGUUUAUCGCACGUUGUUAUGCUAGUAUCCUUAAUCUAGCUGCGGAUGUUGUGACAGCUUCAAUUCAUGGUAUCAUAUACAACAUUCGGGAGAGUGUGAAAUUUGUAAAAGCAUCUCGAGCACGGGAUGAACAAUUUUCUGAGAUUGCCUCACAAAUUGGACUUUCGGGCACCAAAGCACUUUCUCUCGAUGUUAGAAUGCUAUGGAACACAACUUAUCUCAUGCUUGAUGCUGCUCUGGAGUAUAAAGAGGCAUUCACUUCCUUAGGUGCACGUGACGAUAACUAUAAUGAAGCACCGUCAGCUGAUGACUGGAAGAAGGUGGAGGUUGUUUGCACAUACCUGAAACUUUUAUAUGACUCUGCAAACAAUGUCAUAGGAACACCAGACCAGACUUCAAAUAUAUUUUUUCCAGAAGUAUAUAAGAUUCUGCUAGAGCUUGUCAAUGCGACAUCAAGUGUAGAUCCUUUGGUGAUCAGCAUCGUGAAGCAGAUGCAUGAAAUGUUUGACAAGUAUUGGAGAGAUUGCAGCAUUGUCUUGGCAAUUGCCGUGGUUAUGGACCCUCGUUUCAAGUUGAAGCUUGUUGAAUUUAGUUACUCAAAACUUUACGGUGAAGAUUCUGCCAGAUACGUAAAGAUAGUGAAUAAUAGUGUCCACGAGUUAUAUCUGGAGUAUGUUUCCCAACCACUUCCAUCAACACCUUAUGUAGAUCAAGGUGAUGAUAGCCACAUGAAUGGCGUCGACAGCAAUCUAUUUUCAUCUCCAAAUGUGAAUGGCUAUGAGCUUUUGAACUUUGAUAUCUAUCUCUCUGAGACAGUAGCAAAUGAAUUGACAAAGUCCGAGUUGGACCAGUACCUGGAAGAGUCCCUUGUCCCUCGUUCUCAUGGCUUUGAUAUCUUGAACUGGUGGAAGCUCAACAAUAUUAGAGAACUUGAUGAAUACCGGAGUUCUUUACGACCUGAGACAGUGGAGGCCCUUUUAUGUGCUAAAGACUGGCUCCAGUAUUCGCCCAUCACGACAGAACAACCAUCAACUGCGAUACUCAAAAUGGAACUCUAGGUAAUCAAUCCAUGGCACUGCACUGCAGAUUUGCAUUGUACAAAUUUGCAUGUUGAAUUUAAUUAAACCUGUAUGAUUCCAUAAAUAUUUUACUGAUUAGAAAAUGAGGAGCAGGCGAAGGAGUAGAAAAUGAGGUUGUAGGACAACAAUAACAAAAAAAAAAAAAACAUCCUCGUCAUUAGUUAUGAUCAACUGAGAUGUACAGUAAACUACCAUAUUUACUGCAAGUGAGCUCUAAACGAAAUUGUAGCUAGCAAUUAUGUGAUCUAGACUUGUUUGAAUUUAUUAGAUCAGAUUUUAUCGGUGUAUUGGUA